AUGUCUCGACAUUCGUGGAUGACACAAAUUCGAAAUGCUAGAACAGCAGCGGAGCAGACGGCAGUUUUGAGGGCAUUGAAGAAUGACAUUGUUGGGCAUCCUCUGAGGAAACAGCAUGUGGUCGCAGGAGGAAUAAUAGAACCUGUUAGCCGUCUGAUACUCAAUAAGGCCAGUCCAGGAAAUGAUGGCAAAGCUCACGAUCACAGCUUUGCUGCUAGGCCGUUGAGCGAGGAUGAGUCUGUGAGACUACAGGGCCUACAGAUUCUAGCCAGUAUAGCAAUGGGAGGUCCUUCUUUUUUCACCCCACUACAAUCUGCGCUACCAGCAAUUCUAUCGAAUAUAUGCCCCUCAAACAAUCCUGCCAAGCUUGUCUUAUCCUCUCUUCAGGCACUUUCAAAUCUUGCCGACUGUGCAGCGCUAUUGUCGGGCCUCCACUCUGUCAAUUUAGAUACAAUCGCAGACGCGGUUUUCACCCGCCAGUAUGUCGCAGCUCUUUCGCGGAUUUUGUCCCAGACAAGUACCUCCGCGAUAGUUCAACGUCAGGUCACAUUGGCAACCUUGUUAGUAACAAAGCUGUGCAAGGAAGAACGAUACCAACAAAUACUAGCUACCUCGGGGGUUCUAGACGCAUUAGCGACUAGGCUAGCAGGAUAUAUUGUUGGUGAAGGCUUUGUCAUACCUGGGGCAGAGACAAUCGCCCAGAGAGAUGGUCUCGCGGAGUAUUUUCCAAAGGAUAUCUCGUCGAACGUGCCACUGGCACUGCUAUUGGAGGCAAUUUCGCUCAUAAUUGCCAAUUCCAAGUUUCGAGCUUCCCAGCUUUUAUAUUCCCCGUCUAUUCUUGCGGUAUUCCCGGUUUCCUCAGAUACGGUUAUCCCUCAGUCCACACGCACGGCUUGGAAUGCUUUUGUUGUUGCCGGAUUGAGUGGUCGGCAGAGCCAGCUCAAUGCUGUCGAUUAUCUUUUACCAUAUGUACCUGUUCAGCAAUUGAAAAGUGCCAGUACUCAGAUAUCUGCUUUCCCUCCUCUUGGGACUUCUGGAUCACGAGAAAACCUGCAUCUUAAUGGGAGAUCAAGUUCGGGCAAUAAAUAUGCCGGGGCUUCUAAUUGGGGCGAUUUCGGCAUCGGCGACGCUGCAGUCACCUCAGAGCCUACCGCUUCCGAGACUGAAGAGCAAGAAAGUCCUCUCAUUCCUUACCUACUUGUUCUUUUCAGAUCCAAAGCCGGCAUGGAGUGCUUGAUGGCAGCGUCAGUUCUUACUAUUCUCUACAGGGUAGGGUUGACCAAAAAGUCUAGAGAAGCAGACAUUGGUCUCUCGGUGGUUCCACGCUUGGUGAGAAUGCUUGACGACAGCAUACUACCAGCGAAGGGUAAAGACUUUUUGGCAGACAUGGAAAAUCAAACAUUCGAAUGGACUAUUAAAGAAAUGGCACCCGCUGUGCUGUCAUUGCUUAUGACUGAUAGCGAGAUCUUGCAAAAAGCAGCAUUUGAUGCACAUGUUAUAGGCAAACUCGCUAAAUUAUUGAAGAUAUCGUACGAUCCGGUCAUAGAGACGCCAGAGAUAGAGACUUGGUCGCCUCAUGAGGAAGGCGAUCUCAACAUGGGAUCGGAUACUUUCAAAGCAGUUUCUCAAGGGCAGCCUCCUUUACUAGCCCAUAAAAUUAGGGUCAGAGAAAGUACGCUAAAAGCCAUUGCUGCUAUUUCACUUUUCAAAGACGAGUACCGGAAAGCAGUAGUUGAGCAAGGGGUAAUUCCAUACAUAGUGGAAUCGAUGAAUCCCACUCCUAGUAAGCCACUACCACGAUUGGAAAAUGGCGAUAGACCGCCCAAGGCCACCGUGGAAACAGUGGCACAGGAUGGGUACGGAAUCAACACAGUGCACGUACUCAUUGCCGCAUGCGGUGCGGUUAGAGCGUUAUCACGAUCAGUCGCGACCGUAUGCAACCUCGUGACCGAUGUCAGUCCUAUGCGUGAUGAGAUAGGAGAAGCGGGGGUUCUCAAAAUUUUGUGCUUGCACGUACAUUCGACGAAUGCCAAACUGAGAUUGAAUGCUCUUUGGGCUCUGAAACACUAUGUACACUCAGUCAGCAACGACCUGAAGAAGAUAUGCUUAGAAGAACUCGGUCAAGGAUGGCUGGUACAGCUCAUUUGUGAUGAUACUGAAGAUGAAGCUCUCCUUUCAUCAAGGACUGGUGGUGAAGCUGGGGAAGGUUCGAGCUUGGAUGAUGAUAUGGACGAAGACAUGGAAGUGGAUCAGUUCGAAGACAGCCUUGCUUCUGGCAUGGGUACAUCCUUCGGCCGUUCCAAUAAUUCCAGGCCUAGUAGCAGCCGAAGCAAAUCGAUUAAGCAAGCUGAGUUGCGUCUUGCAGCAUUACGGGAAGCCGAGACAAACCCGGUCAGCAAGGCUAGGAAAGAUGAUAUUGCCGUACAAGAACAAGGACUUGAUUUUAUCAGAAAUCUCAUUGGAGGAGCUGGCGCUGGCGGCAAUAAAGCAACUACUGAGAUGAUUGAUUUCCUUUUCCUCGCACUUGGUCAAGAUAGAGUUUUUGAAAUUCUAGCCUCCAAGCUUAAGUCGAAGAUCAUCCACCCAUCAAAUAGACGUGGCGCACCGACGGAGAGAAUAGUUGUUCCCCCUCAGUCCGAGAUUAUUGCAGCGGUAGGGUACAUUCUUGUCCAUAUGGCAGCCAGUGUUCCGCGCCAUCGACAGUUGGUCAUCGCGCAAACCGAGCUGCUCAAGCUUCUGGUUCCACAAUUCAAUCAUUCUAGUAUUGAAGUACGCUUAGCACUUUGCUGGCUGAUCACCAAUCUCACGUGGAUGGACGACGCAAAUGAUACCCAGGCAUGUUGUCAGCGAGCGAAGGAAUUGAAGAGCCUCGGCUUCUUGGAAAAACUGGAGAUGUUGCAACACGACCCGGAAUUGAACGUGAGAGAGCGGGCCAAAUCUGCAAUUUGGCAAUUGAAGCAGGGCAUCGAAUAUGAGGAUGAUUGCUGA